AUGCCGACCAUGUUCUUGUCCCUUUUAAACCUUGUCCGAAAUAAGGAUAGCUUUUUGAGUCUAAUAACACACUUUAAGCAUCUGCACACUAGAAGCAGGACAUGGUCUGUAAACAGCAGCACGCCGUGGAUGAUUCGCUCAAGGGGACAGGUAUUUGGUCCCGUGUCCCGGAGGCAGGUCCCUGUGGAGCAACUGACAGCAGCGAACAUGUGCACCGGCUCCUGUAGUGAAGAAGACAAGACCAGCUGGCUCUGGUCCGUUUACAAUGAAACCAAAAAGCAAACACAAGAUUUAAUCCCUGUCAUAUCAAACAACUUUGUGAACCCUGACACCAUCUUUGCUAAUAAUGAGAUGAGUCUGCAGGACAUAGAGAUAUAUGGGUUUGACUAUGACUACACAUUGGCUUUUUACUCCAGUCACCUACACACCCUGAUUUUCAGCAUCGCCCGGGACAUCCUCAUCCAGGAGCACAGGUAUCCAGAGGGACUGAGGGAGUAUGAGUACAUCCCUAAUUUUGUAAUUCGUGGUCUGCACUAUGAUGUUCAAAAGGCCUUACUGAUGAAGAUUGACGCCUUUCAUUAUAUCCAGUUGGGUACAGUAUACAGAGGUCUUAAUCCUGUGCCAGAUAAGGAGGUCAUUGCUAUGUACGAGGGCUCCCACGUACCCCUCGAGAUCAUGAGUGACUUCUACGGCAAGAGUUCUCAUGGUCACACCAUGAAGCAGUUCAUGGAUAUAUUCUCCCUGCCAGAAAUGACACUACUCUCCUGUGUUAAUGACUACUUCAUGAAGCACAAUAUCGACUAUGAACCUGUUCAUCUUUAUAAAGACGUCAAGGAAGCCAUAGGAGACGUCCACGUCAAAGGAAUGAUGUAUCGAGCAGUAGAGGCUGAUAUUGAGAAGUACAUCUGUUACGCUGAACAGACACAUGCUGUUUUACAGAAGCUCUCUAAGAAUGGAAAGAAGAUGUUUUUGAUUACCAACAGCCCAUUUGAUUUUGUAGAUCGAGGUAUGAACUACAUAGUUGGAAAAGACUGGCGGGACCUGUUUGAUGUUGUCAUAGUGCAGGCUGACAAGCCGGGCUUUUUCAACGACAGGAGGAAGCCAUUCAGGCGAGUUACUGAUAGGGGCGUGUUAUUAUGGGACAGGAUUCACCACCUUGAGAAAGGGCAUAUCUAUAAACAGGGAAACCUGUAUGAGUUUUUGCGGCUUACAGGCUGGAGGGGCUCAAAAGUCUUGUACUUUGGAGAUCACAUUUAUAGUGACCUUGCAGACCUCACACUGAAACAUGGUUGGAGAACAGGAGCUAUCAUUCCUGAGUUACGAAAGGAGAUAAAAAUCAUGAACACUGAGGAAUAUGUCCACACUAUGACCUGGCUGCAGGCCCUGACCGGGCUGUUGGAACAAAUGCAGGUGCACAGAGAUCCUGUGUCACAAACAGUGACUCAGCAAUGGAUCAAUGAAAGGGAGGAAAUGAGGUUACGGACUAAAGACAUCUUCAACGCCCAGUUUGGGAGUAUUUUCCGUACGUACCACAACCCAACCUACUUCUCGCGUCGUCUCUCACGGUUUGCAGACAUCUAUAUGCCCUCCCUCAGCUGUCUGCUGAACUAUGACUUCCAGCACACAUUCUACCCUAGACGCACCCCCCUGCAACACGAGUCGCCCAUCUGGCCAGAGCAAACCAGCCUCGGAGCAAUAAACAUCCCCUUCCAGAGCCACAGGACAAAGUCUGGAUCAGAGUAGAGAGACUUAACGGGACAGUUCACCCAAAAAUCAUAAUUUAUUCACUAUUAUGUCAUUCCAAACCCACAUGACAUUCUGUCUCAGUCACUGUCCCCCUUCAUAGUAUGGAUAAAGGAUGCAAUAAAUGAGAAUGUUGGCUGUCAUUCUGCCAUUCUGCCAUUCUACCCAACAUAAAAUGGGUUUGGAACUACAUAAUGAUGAGUAAAUAAUGACAGAAUAUUCAUUUUGUGUUGAACUAUCCUUUUAACUGUCAGAUGCUGUAUAUUGUGUGAACCACAGAAUAGCAUCAGUAGAUAGACAUCAGAUAUCAAACUCAGAGUCUAUUAUCAACGGUCUCGAGUGGUAUGCUUUAUGUGGUAGUGGGAAAUUGGUUUAGGCACUAACUACGUUGCUCAGAAAUAUGUUUAAUAUCUCCAUUAUGUUAUAUUUUAUUAUUAUGAGGUAAGUGCUUCACUUUGUACAUUACUCAUACAGUUGGACAAAAUUGGCAAAUCACAGUUCAAAGGGGCAGUUCACCCAAAAAUGUCACUUCAAACAGAUAAUCCUGGUAGAGCCAAUGUUGCUUUGUUGUGCUGGUCAGGAUGGGAUAGAUGAAAAUAUUUUAAAGGGGUCAUGACAUGCCUUUUUUUAAUUAUUAUUAUUAUUUUAAUAAUUUUCAUGAGAUAUACUUAUAAGAUAAGUCAAGUUUUUAGUUUUUUUUUUUGCACAAAAACAGUCAUAUAUUUGACUGUCAGAAGCACUCUGUUUUGGUGCUGCUUUUCCUUUAAGACCUGAUAAUAAACACCCAUUGUUCUGAUUGGCUCUCUGCUCUCUUGCCAUUGAGUUAUGGAUGUGAUUGAGCCGUUUACAUGCACACCAAUAUGCUGAUAACGCUCAAAAAUCAAGAAAUCUGUGUUCACAUGACACUUGAAAUAAGCACAUAAUUCUCUACUUUUGAAAUCAAGCCGUGAAGAGGCAUGUGGUCAAUUCGCACGCACAUUGGAUGAGCCGAUAAGAACACCGGGUAAGGGGUUUACAUGACAUGCGAAAUUGGCGUAAUGGGAAAAACCUACCCUUGUUGAUUGUGUUAUUCAUAAGCGUGGUUUAUUUUGUUUACAUGACCGCACGCAUUGUCAGCUUAUUAAGAAUAAUCAGUGUAGGAACACGCUCGUUGAAGGUGAAGUAGUUUUUAUAGUACAAUGACCUCUUAAUAUGUGAAAAGAUCAAGGAAAAUUUUAUUCCUCAUGUCAUGACCCCUUUAACAAAGAAAAUAAUUACUCACUUCACUUUUAAGAAUCAGAUUAAACUCUGCUGGGACACACAGGUAUGGAAUUGAACUGUCAAUACUUUUAUUUUUAUAUUUGAUGUUCUCUUGAUACCAUGUCACAGUUGGGAUGAACUGACCGUAUAUGGACAAGAGAGAUUUGACAAUUGUUUUAGCUGUUUAAGAGAAUGUGCCUCAUACACAGUAGUUUAGAUUAGGCUAUUUAUAGUUUUUAUUUGUAAUUGAAGUAGUUUGGCUUUCAUCAUUGGCCUUCAUAAGUCCACCUCCAUUAUCUUUAUAUGAAGAAUAAGGGAGUGAAUACUUGAAGUCACACAUGUCAGACUGCUUUUCUUGAGUACUUGCUGAAGAGCAAAAAAUGAAGUUACCUCUGAUCUAACCUUUGACCUUUACACAAAUAGAAGUAAUAGGUUUCUGAUUUCUGGGACAACUAGAAGAGAUUUCAGAUUGCUGAAAGAGAAGGAUCUAUUAGAAUCAAAGGGGAAACUCAGGAAGACUAGCAGGCACUAUAUACAGUAUAUAUCUUGAAAGGAUAAUAGAAAGCAAUUUCAGUGUUCAAUGUUUUAAAGGCCUUACAUACUGUGUUUUUGCAAUGUAUUAUAAUAAUGUGUUUUAUCGUGGGUAGACAUUGUAUGACAGUUCAGAUGCUACAGUUGUAGAAUAAUAUAGUUUCUGUACAAUCAUGUAACUCUUAAAGUGAAUAAGCAGCAUAUUGUACUACUUUUUUAUUUUACAUGAUGGCCUUUUGGGCAUUAAUACCUGCAUGGAAAAUAAUAUAUAUUUUUUACUUUUAUUAUUUUAAUUUAACUACAUUGAACACGGUAUUAUAUGAACAUUUUCAUCAUAAUGUAAAUAUGUCAUAAUUGGAUGUAUCUUCCUUUAUUGAAGUUUGCACAACAGUUUUCUGUCUGUUUAUAGUGAAUGGGAAUGACCUUUUUUUUGUGCAACUUUUUUUUUACUGCUUAUUUGAAGAGUAUUUGUGAUGUUUAUUACAAAUUCAAUCAAAUUCCUUCUUUGUCUCUGCUCUGCUGUUUUGUAAUAGUUUGGUAUGUGCUAUUAGUGAGAACUGAAAUAUAACAUCCAAUCCUAGAUGGUAUGUCAAAGUACCUUUUUGCCAAGGCCGAUUUUAUUAAUAAGAUGAUUUAUUAGGUAAAACAAAGUAAUUUGACAAAUAAUAUGAUGGCCUGAUCAACUCAAACAAAACCCUGCCUUUUGACUUCAGGGUUGCCAGACUUCAAACUCAAUCAUAGAGAGCGUCACUUCUACAGAUAUGGCUAUGAUGGUUCGACCUACAAUUUUCCCAUGUGUUGGCUACAGCAUAUUUUUGUACCUCAUGUUUAUAAACACAUUACUUUCUGUGUUUAAUAACUCCUUAGUGAUCGCCUAAUGCUUAAAAAUAAGCAUUUUCUCAAUGCGAUGAAUGUCAUCAUUCUCAUCAGAUCUUAUGAUUGCCACCAUCGGCUCUGCGAUUGUCACAUCACAAAUUAUGAAGGAUCCUUUUUUUUUUAGGUCACGCAUUCUGUGUUUUUCAGGGUUUCGCUGUGAACUUCUUUGCUGAGUAAUUAUUUAACUUUUCAUUUGUUUUAUGAAAAUUAUUGUCAUCAGUUUCAUUAAUUGUAUUGACUCUUGAUUGACUCUUGUAAAAUUUAAA